GAUUCGGGUCGACCGGGAAUGACUAUGUCAAUUUUGUUAUUGUGGAGAGCCGAAGGGUGAGCACUAUGAGUUCAACAAGGAUGGUAGCCUGAGUGCCCUUGACGGAUUCGAUAGAGAAGGAAGCGAUGACAGCUUGGAUACAGGAAAACCUUGCCGGAUCAGGGAACUGAAGGUGGGUGGAAAAGUCUGCAGCGGGUGCAUGCUGAUAGAAACAAAGGAUGACAGGCAGACUAGGUGCCCGACGCAGCCUUAGCAGCCAGGCCAAGACGAGGUGGAAUUACGGGUAAGCGUGCUGGCCACUAGGGCUCCUGUGGCUGUCUACAUGACGAGUUGGAGAGGGUACUGGUGGGCUAAUCUGGUAGCUCAGCUUGAUUUUGCAGAGUGGUGGUGGACAGCUGAAGCGAGUAUACGGUUUGGGCUUGGGAGGUAGUGGUAGAGAUAGGUCGAGCGGACAUGACGGCAUGGAGCAGAAAGGGGCGCGUGUGCGGAGUGGCUUAUUGGCUUGGCGAUAUGGUGUACAUCGAGUGUUGGAUGACAGGACAGGACAAUGGCGAGAUGUCUGCUUGGACGGCCGAUGGCGAGGCUAGCGCUAAGGCGUGCUAUCAAUAACAGCGAUGAUAAUAAGUCGACGUGCUAAGGACUCCAUGUACGUAGGAUCGAGGACAGAGUUCGGGCAUCUCUUUCCAGCAGCUUCUGCGAUAUUGUAUGGGCCGGGGUGAGGGGCUAAGACUCUGACUGCAAUCGCCCUCGUCCCUAGGGGCCGGCAGUCGUUGGGGAGUCGCCUUAUGCGCAAGUGGUGGACCAAAUACUAAGUUCUAUUG